CGCCAUCUCUCUCUGACAUUUGAGCUACAGAGCGAAGGCUGUCUGUUUUUAGUCUUGAAAUUGUCUCAGUAUCUUUAUUCUUUAUCCCUUGUUAAUCACUGGCUGCAUCCCAAGUAGGGUAUCUUUCCUUCAUUCCUUUCUCUCUACUCAUCCCUUGUUCUCUCUCUCAUGCGGUGUGUCUCUUUCAUGGACUUGACAGGCAGCAUAAUAGAUUAAGACACGCUGCAGUCAGGACUGCUGCAGGGAGAAGAAGCUGCUGCAGUGUGUGUUUGUCCGUGUGUGUCUUUGUCUGUGGCGGGAGCCUCUUAAAGGGACACCCUGCCUGCGUUGGUCAGUUGGUGGCUGGUUAACCUGCAGUGGCUCAGAAUAGCAUCACGGCAGCUUCCACGCUCUCCUCCCUCAUUUCAUCCUAUUUCUGUCGCUUUCUCUUGACACUUCUUUUCAUCUGCUCCUCCACUCUUCCCCUCUCACCAGCUCUCUCCCUCUCGCUCACCUGGUAUUAGUCUGUUAAUCUAUGGAGUAACGCGGUUAUGUGGUCUAAAGAUCUGAGUCGGUCAGUUAGGGAGAGUGGUUGAGUCAUCAGUGUAGUGUUUAGACUAGAGGACAGACAGUCGGUAGGGAUCUCCUUUGCAACGCGUUUCAAAACGGGAGGGAAACGCAUUGCCUGUGAGUCAUCAUACUGGAGGCAGGUUCGGGGGCUCUCACCAUGGCUGCAGCAUUUCAAGACUUCCAGAGGAGCGAGUCAGACCGGCUAAAUGAGAUGAAGGGUCAUCUAGAGAUUGCCUUACUGGAGAAACACUUCCUUCAAGAGGAGUUGAGGAAGCUACGAGAGGAAACCAACGUGGAGAAGAUAAAGGAAGAGCUGGAGAGAGAGAGGGGGAAGAGAAUCGACCUCGAACUGAGGAUGAACGAGGUGCUAAAAUCCAGUUUGGAAGACUCGCCGCCACAGCCUGCCCGUAAACCCCCGUCUCCAACGCCUGCUGCCAAUGGCAAAGACACAGACAAAGAGAAGCCGCCACAGGGGGAGACCCUGUACUUGCGGGCGUGGAGGUGGCUCUACGACAGGGUGGGGGUCUACAUAGAAGACUUCCGCUUCGUCCCGGAGGAGAACACUGUGGAGGCUGAGGAACCGCUAAGUGCUAAAAGGCUAACAGAAAACAUGAGGCGACUCAAGCGAGGAGCCAGACCUGUAACUAACUUCAUGAGGAACCUCUCAGCCUUAUCCAACUGGCACUCUGUAUACACCUCCGCUAUUUCCUUCAUAAUCUACAUGAAUGCUGCAUGGCAUGGCUGGGCCAUCCCCAUGUUCCUCUUCUUGGCCAUCCUGAGGCUCUCCUUGAAUUACCUCAUUGCUAAAGGUUGGAGGAUUCAGUGGAGCAUUGUGCCGGAUAUUACGGAUCCUAUAGAACCGUCAAAGGAUGACUUGACUGUGUCUGAAAAGUUCCAGUUAGUGCUUGAUGUUGCACAAAAAGCACAGAAUCUUUUUGGUAAGAUGGCGGAUGUUUUGGAGAAAAUAAAGAACCUGUUCAUGUGGGUGCAGCCUGAGAUCACUCAGAAGCUCUACAUAAGCCUGUGGGUUGCCUUUCUUUCCUCCUGCAUACUGCCCUUUAAACUCGUGGGCUUCAUGAUUGGACUGUAUGCAGGGAUCAAAUUCUUCAUCAUAGACUUCUUGUUUAAGAGCUGUCCCAAGCUGAGGGACAAAUAUGACACACCUCACAUCGACUGGAACAACCUACCAACUGAUCCACAGCUGAAGGAGAGGACCAACGCUACAAUGUCCCGACGGCUGUCUGGGUCUGAGAAGAUUCAGCCUGUGGUGGCAAGAGGUAGCUUAGCAACGGUCCCAUGCGGUGUAAACCUGGAUGGUGACAGCGCCAGGAUUCAUAGCACCAAGAAGGGAGCCUUUCAUGAGAUCUUCAACGUCUCAGAGAAUGAGCGCCCUCUACCAGUGUGUGACAAUGGGUGGAGGUGCUGCCUCAUCAACAGAGACCGGAAGAUGCCAACAGACUACAUUCGAAACGGCAUGCUCUACGUUACAGAGAAUUAUCUGUGCUUCGAGAGCUCCAGUUCCAAAUCGGCGGCCUCCAAGAAGAAUAAGGUCAUUAAGCUGGUGGACAUCACAGAUAUCCAGAAGUACAAAGUGCUGUCUGUCUUACCUGGGUCUGGAAUGGGAAUCUCCAUAGCCACUCCCUCCACACAGAAGCCUCUGGUGUUUGGUGCCAUGAUCCAUCGAGACGAGGCCUUCGAGGCGAUCUUCACCCAGUACAUGAAAAUCAUUACCACCUCCAGACCACCCUCGGGCAGCCCUGAGCUGUAGCCCUGAGCUGUAGCCCUGAGCUGUAGCCAUGGACAGAGGGCUAGGCUAGGGUCAGGGCUGGGCCACCUGCCCCUGAACCCUCCCUGGCUGGAGGAAAGACAAUUGGGGGAAAGUGACAGGACACACACCUCUUCUCCUCCCUCUCUUAUUUACAGUGACUGGACAAUCUUCUCUUUUAUGACUGAGAGGUGCCUGUGUGUGCGUCUGCCUGGAGGUGGGACCUUGUAGUCCAAUAGGGAUGGUGCACACAUUCCUGCACUCUUUCUAUGUCGGAACGUGGAUGAGGGGGAUGAAGAAGAGGGGAUGGGGGGGACAUUUUUAACACAGACAUCUCAUCAUAGGAGAAGGAGCUGGCUCUCCUGCCUGCUUGCCUGACAGCUUUAAUUCGCUUCAGAGGUGUGUGUGUGUGUGUGUGUGUGUGUGUGUGUGUGUGUGUGUGUGUGUGUGUGUGUGUGUGUGUGUGUGUGUGUGUGUGUGUGUGUGUGUGUGUGUGUGUGUGUGUGCUGCCCAGACAGCGUGCAUCUCUACUCACCUGUCUUCUCUCUGUCUUUCUCACAAAGUCUGAGUCAGUGUAACUGCGACUGCUGGUCUUGCACGGAACCGUACAGACAGUAUGCCAUACGGUAGCUAGAUGUUUGUGUAGAAAACAAAAAGCUGUGAGAAAGUCGAGCCAACGUCUGAACAACGUUCAACAUGACACGAAGCCUUUUCCAUUAGUUUACAUCGUUGCUGUGGAUUUUCUGUGGAGACACGCAUGCACAUUUCAGCAGCAAACAGUUUGCGUUCAGGUGUCUUUUUGCAUAUGACGUGUAUGUGUUAUACUUUCAACACUCACUACUGAACUGUACUGUGUCACGCACAGUAGUGGGGACCUUGGCGAUGAUGUUCAUUGUGAAAUGUUUUCAAAUGCCUUUCUUGUGAAUUCCGCUUAUUUUUGUAAUAACCAAUGGAAUGAUGAGGAACUGGACUUUGUUAAAGUAUGUCCUGGGUCUGUGGAUUGUGUUAUAAAACUAAAGCACACUCACUGUUAGAGAGAGUCAUAACAGACCUAAACCCUGAAUAAUGUGUCUAAACUGAAGGUACAUAGUUUAAAUGUAACAUAACUGGUUCAGUGAACUAAACUUGUGCGCUGACCUUAGCCUAGUAGGCUAACACAUUCUUAAGGUACACACUGUAGGUCACAUAAACAUACUAAUGAUUUCGCAGUGUCUCAAGGCCCAAAACCUGUGUUACUUCAGUCUUUAGUGACAUGUUAUGGUAUAGUAGUACUAUUGUAGUUCUACGGUAAUGCCACUAAUACCAACCUCUAGUAUUAACACUGGAGUGGUCAGAUGUGUACAAUGUGCUGUCCUGUUAAGAAGUAAUUUAACUUGGUUAACUUGACUAGUAACUAGUUAACUCCUGGACGACUUAUCUCAGUAUUUCAUCUGGCCUAGUUCUGUAGGAUUCAUUCACAGCAGGAUGAAGUAGAAGUUUGAACUGAAUAUUUUAAAUGUCACUUUAUUAUUGUCACCAUUCUGGAUUCAAAAAGCUGGUAUUUUAUUUCUCAGAUAGGUUUGAUAUGUAGAAUUGUAAUGAAUGCCAAACCAAGUGGAUGUGCACACUUUCUGUGUUUUGUAAGAUGGCUGGAAGAGUUAUUGUGGGCAUAUUUCUCAUUUAUCGUUUACUGCAAAUGAGAGAGGAGAUUAUACCAUGCUCGCAGAUCCUUCUUUGGCUCAGCACAACAAGCUAGUCCCCUAAAACGCAUUCAUCUUCCCACACUGUUAACAAGCCCAUAUAAACUUUUGUCAGUUAUUGUCUUACAAAACCCAAUCUCCAGUUGUGUUACGACUGGAUACGAAAUGUGAUUUCUGGAGAUUGUCUAAGGAACUCAUGCUGUUAGUGUGUCGAUUGAAUGAUUGUCUGACUGUACGUUACUGUAGUCUUAAUGCUUACCUGAAACCUUUCUUAGUCGAUUUAGUAACAACUAACUUUGAAAUCUGCAAUCAGGGUCUGUCCUAAAAGAAGCACACUGAAUGUAUUGUGUUACUGCUGUAAACGCUUAGUUACAUUUAUUUUUUUGCCAAAACGUAAUUUGUUUCUUUCUUUUACUGCCCGCCAUACUCUGCCUACACUGAUGUUUACUGAAGGUUGGGUUAAAAACCUUAAUUGAUUUGUUUUUCUUUUGUUUGGAAUGUCGGUUUGAGCUCCUAGCCACAGGUGGAGUUAUGAAGACUGGACAGAUAUCUUCUUCUUGCAUUUGAAUUACUGUGUCAACUGUCAGCUUUUAAAUCUGCUCAGACUGGUCUCAGGACAACCUCUGCUGCUCACCUUCAUCCCAACCGCAAACGUAAGCCUGAUCUCUGAUCUGUUUAUAAUGCUUUAAUAGCUAAAGCUAAAGUUUAGCUCUUCUGUUGAGCUAACAGUAGAUAGACGGUGACAUCAGAGAACAUUCUAGUCAGAUUAUAUUGUACGUCAAUCACGCUGCAAAAAAAACGUCAGUGAUCGUUCUAAUGGUAGUGGUGUGCAGUACAUGGUAAAAUCAUGAUAAUCUUUUAGCUAUUUUUGGAUCACUCACAGGCCUUCCUUACAGAGAGCAGAGGUCGUCAUGGCGACUCCGAGAGCUUCUGUCCACUGGUUUCUAUUGGUUUCUACUUCUGUGGCUCUCGUUGUGUUACCCAAGUAUUAGUUGUAACUCAAAUGUAAACAUUGGUCAAUUACUUCAUGAUAUUCCCAUACAGUAUAUCACUGCAAAGUUCAAUAUACUGCAAUCAUCUGUCAGUUGUUGGUAAUUAUUUGUCAUCUGUGGGUCCGAGGACUAAAAUGACGAAAGAGGAAUUUAUAUACAAUAACGUAAUCCAUAGAUUUUUUUAAAGAAAACAAUGUCCAUUGUAAAAUAUCUGGUGUUCAUUUUUUUUAUUUAAAUAAAAUGAAUUAUUUGCCCUUC